AACGUUGCAGUUACAGCCUGCAAGUUUGAGUUCUAGAUCUCUCUGUUCCUAAUACCUAUCUGUAUCCGUGCUACCUGACUACUUAAUCAUCCGAAGAAGGAGAAGAAGGAGAAGAAGGAGAUGGCAGACGAGGGCACAGCUACAUGUGUGGACAUCUUGGUAGCCAUCCUCUUGCCCCCUCUUGGCGUCUUCCUCAAGUAUGGCUGCAAGGCGGAGUUCUGGAUUUGUCUGAUCCUAACGUUGUUUGGCUACCUUCCUGGGAUCCUAUAUGCUGUCUAUGUCAUUACCAAGACUCCAUGAUCUAUCCAGUUUACGACUAGUAAAUUCCGAUUGAAUUAAACAAGUAAGAACAUAUAUAUAUAUAUAUAUAUAUAUA